AGGCUGCGGCUCCCGCCCUGGCAGGUUUAUAAGGAGGCAGGUGCGCGCCGCGCCUAUGGAAUGUGCGCACACCUUAGUGCCUGCGCCCGGUCGCCGCCCAGGGAUCCCGAGGCUAGCCCAGCGUCCCAUCCACCGCCCAGAGCCAAGCCUCGAACACAGCGGCACACUCGUCCUUCUCGCGUCUCUCUUCCACCACCUUCUCCAGCUGCCCGUAGCUCCGCUCGGAGUUGCCGCAGAGACCCGGACGCCGACCGCGAGGAGCCAAUGAAAGCCCCGCUGCUGCCGCCCGCGCCCGUGCUGCUGUCGCUCCUGAUCCUUGGCUCAGGUCAUUGUACUGCUGGACUGGACCUCAAUGACACCUCCUCUGGGAAAGGGGAAUCAUUUUCUGGAGACCACCGUGCCUUUGAGGUCACCUCAAGAAGUGAGAUGUCAUCAGGAAGCACGAUUUCCCCUGGGAGUGAAGUGCCUCCUGGUAGCGAACUGUCCUCAGGGCCUGACUAUGACUAUUCGGAAGAGUAUGACAACGAACCACAAAUACCUGGCUACAUCGUAGAUGAUUCAGUCAGAGUUGAACAGGUAGUCAAACCCAAGAAAAACAAGACAGAGAGUAAAAAGACUUCAGAUAAAACCAAAAGAAAGAAAAAGGAAGGCAAAAGUGGAAAACCUAGAAGAAACAGAAAGAAGAAAAAUCCGUGUGAUGCAGAAUUCCAAAAUUUUUGCAUUCAUGGAGAAUGCAAAUAUUUAGAGAACGUGAAAUCAGUAUCAUGCAAUUGUCAUCACCAUUACUCUGGUGAACGAUGUGGUGAAAAGAUCAUGGAGACUCACAGCAUGGUGGACAGUGAUUUAUCAAGAAUUGCUUUAGUCACCAUCUCUGCCUUUAUCUUUGUCGUGAGCGUCACAGCUAUUGCCAUUGUUCUUACAGUCCAGCUUCGAAAACGGUACUUCAGGGAGUAUGAAGGAGAAGUAGAAGAACAAAAGAAACUUCGACAAGAAAAUGGAAACACACAUGUCAUAGUAUAACUGAAGAUAAUACUAAAGGAUAUCAGAUCUGAGUCACUGCCAAGGCACAACCAGAAAUGAGGACUCGGUCCUCCUUUCAAUGGAUCCUAAGGAAGAUGGACCUUUUUAUUCUGAUGGUUUCGAACUUUCUUUUUUUUUUUUUUUUUUUUGGAGAGGUUU